AUGGCACCUCCAAACGUCAUACAAGGAUGGCACAAACUUCCUCAAGAACUGCGACUAGAAAUUCUCAAGUUUGCACUCACCCCUCCAAUCGAACGUCCCGCCCCUUCAAACAUUCAACCUGAUUGUUUGGGAUCCCCCCGAUGUAGACGAGUACGGGAAUGGGGACCUAAGAAUUUGGCGAAGGACCUCCUCUUGGUCAGCAGGCAAUUUCACGACGAUGUUCAGCACAUCAUCAAAUUUAUGCCAAAUAUAUACCACCUCGACAUCAUGCUUAUCGCGAAUUACGGGGCUUGGUUUACCUGGUACCUACCGAAACAACCCACGUCUAUCUAUAUCGAUGAGGUUAUCGUCGCCGUUCGCAUCUUUGAACGCCCGGAUGAUGUAUACGAUUGUUAUAAGGACGCUCCAGAUUACAUGCGUCGUUUCCCACAUCCGGAAUGGACAUUUCACGCAACGGUUCUAUUCUUUAUGUGCAUUGGCCCCAGGCUUUUGUACGAAUACAACUAUGGCCGCAUUGUUGUCAAGAAGUUUGACGUAAAUGUCCUGUCUGGACUCGGACACAGACUUGAUGAAGACCAGUUUUUGACGUCAAUCGUGUUCCCGUUGGAAUUUAUGACAAACUCGGACAGGCACUUCUGCGCCUUUAUAGUCCUAAAUUAUAAAUAUCUUGUCGAAGGUAUUGUUCUUCGACUCAGCGGCUUUGAAUACCGAAGACUGGACUUUGAGAGGAUAAUAAUCGACAUGCAAUCCAGCGCAAGAGUUCGGAUGAGGAAAUCGCUGAGCCAAAUUCUAGAGGAACGAGAAAAGACUAAGAAGCGCUUUGAGAAGUAUUGCCACCGAGCUCAAAUCCAGAGGGGCCAAGCUCUUGUAACUCGCAGCGCCCAUAAGCUCAACCAACUUCGCGACUCUCUUCGCCAAGAGACAAACGGCCUUCUUCAUGCCUUCCCAACUCAAUCUCAUGACCGCUACAAGACAUCCCAGAAAAUCCGCAACAACCACGACUUCAAAGAUCUACUCAAGCUUGCAAUAUGCCACAUCAAAAACGACGGCAUAGUGCCAGAUGAUGAAAUGACAGCCGAGACUCUCGGAGAAGGCUUACAGGCAUACAAGACAGAACCUGAAGCCUUUGCGAAAGAAGCUUUGGAGCUUAUCUAUUAG